CCACGCCCCCAUUUUGUUUCACCUGCUUUACUCCUGUCCUUUUACACUCAGGGAACCUAGACGUUCUUGAUGUCUGUCUCUUCAAAGUUGUGUCUUUUUGGAAUACCUGUUCACCAAUAAUCAUGCCCUCCUCAUAUUUUGGAGCUUGGAAACCUUUUGUGGUAUCUUUGAGACCAGGGAGAGCGAGCUGGUCAGUAUGGACGAGCUGGCGUUCAAGUUUGCCGUGAAUAACAUUAACCGCAACAAGACGUUGAUUCCCAACACAACCCUGACCUAUGACAUCCAGAGGAUCAACCUGUUUGAUGGGUUCGAGGCGUCACGCAGAGUGUGCGACCAGCUGGCUCUCGGGGUGGUCGCCGUCUUCGGUCCCUCACACAGCUCGUCGGUCAGCGCCGUUCAGUCCAUCUGCAACGCCCUGGAGGUCCCUCACAUCCAGACCAGCUGGAAACACCCGUCAGUGGACAACAAGGACACGUUCUUCAUCAACCUCUACCCGGAGUACACCGCCAUCGCCAGGGCCAUUCUGGACGUCGUCACCUUCUUCAAAUGGAAGAAGCUGACCGUGGUGUAUGAAGACAGCACGGGUCUGAUGAGAAUGCAGGAGUUAAUCAAAGCUCCUGCAAAGCUUAACUUGAGGAUCAAGAUCCGUCAGCUCACGCCCGGGAACCCUGACGCCCGACCGCUCCUCAAAGAGCUGAAGAAAGACAAGGAGUUCUUCAUCAUCUUCGACUGCUCCUAUCGUGUGGCUGCGGAGCUGCUGAAGCAGCUCUCCUCGAUGGGGAUGAUGACGGAGUAUUAUCACUUUUUCUUCACCACCCUGGACUUGUUUGCACUCGAUCUGGAGCCGUAUCGCUACAGCGGCGUCAACAUGACGGGGUUCAGGCUGCUGAACGUGGACGACCCCUGGGUGGCGUCCACCAUGGACAAGUGGGCGGUGGAGAGACUGCAGGGACCGAAACAAGACAGUGACCUGAUCGAUGGGAUCAUGACUACAGACGCAGCCUUGAUGUAUGACGCCGUGUUUAUGGUCGCCGUGGCGUCCCAGCGGGCCACACAGAUGACUGUCAGCUCCCUGCAGUGUCACCGGCACAAACCCUGGCGCUUUGGGCCGCGUUUUAUCAACCUCUUCAAAGGGGCGCAGUGGGACGGACUGACAGGACACAUUGUCCUUAAUAAGACAGAUGGCCUGAGGAGAGACUUUGAUUUGGACAUCAUCAGCCUGAAAGAGGACGGUGCUGCCAGGCAUCCCAUGAAAUUGCAAUAUCAAAACGGUGUCACAGAGGGCAGGAGUCGCCUCAACAGAAGGUGGAUUAAGAUCGCUGUGUGGAACUCCUACCGAGGGAUGAGUCUGAUGGAGUCCAGCCGAGACAAGAAUAACAAUGUGACGGACUCUAUGGCCAACAGGACUCUGAUCGUCACCACUAUACUGGAAAAUCCGUACGUGAUGUAUAAAAAAUCCGACAAAGAGCUGGUGGGCAACGAUCGGUUCGAGGGCUACUGCCUGGACCUGCUGAAGGAACUCUCCAACAUCCUGGGCUUCACGUACGAGGUCCGACUGGUGGUUGAUGGGAAAUAUGGAGCCCAGAAUGAUAAGGGAGAGUGGAACGGCAUGGUUCGAGAGCUCAUCGACCACGUUGCAGAUUUGGCCGUGGCUCCUCUGACCAUCACGUACGUCAGAGAGAAAGUCAUCGACUUCUCCAAACCCUUCAUGACUCUGGGGAUCAGCAUCCUGUAUCGCAAACCCAACGGCACCAACCCCGGCGUCUUCUCCUUCCUUAACCCUCUGUCCCCGGACAUCUGGCUGUACGUGCUGCUGGCCUGCACCGGGGUCAGCUGUGUGCUCUUUGUGAUCGCCAGGUUUACUCCGUACGAGUGGUACAACCCACACCCCUGCAACCCCUCGUCCUCUCUGGUCCAGAAUAAUUUUACGUUACUCAACAGUUUCUGGUUCGGCAUCGGAGCGCUCAUGAGGCAAGGCUCCGAGCUCAUGCCCAAAGCCCUGUCCACCCGUAUAGUCGGUGGAAUCUGGUGGUUCUUCACCUUGAUCAUCAUCUCCUCCUACACCGCCAACCUGGCUGCCUUCCUGACGGUGGAGAGAAUGGACGCGCCCAUCGACUCGGCGGACGACCUGGCCAAACAGACCAGGAUCGAAUACGGAGCAGUGAGGGACGGAUCCACCAUGACCUUCUUUAAGAAAUCAAAGAUCUCCACCUACGAGAAGAUGUGGGCCUUCAUGAGCAGCAGGAAAAACACGGCGCUGGUGAAAAACAACCAGGAUGGAAUCACCCGGGUCCUGACCACGGACUACGCCAUGCUGAUGGAGUCCACCAGCAUCGAGUACAUCAGCCAGAGGAACUGCAACCUCACGCAGAUCGGCGGUCUCAUCGACUCCAAGGGUUACGGUGUUGGAACUCCCAUCGGCUCUCCGUACAGGGACAAAGUGACCAUCGCCAUCCUCCAGCUGCAGGAGGAAGGGAAGCUGCACAUGAUGAAGGAGAAGUGGUGGAGAGGUAACGGCUGCCCCGAGGAGGACAACAAGGAGGCCAACGCUCUGGGCGUGGAAAACAUCGGUGGAAUAUUUAUCGUCCUGGCUGCUGGUCUGGUUCUGUCUGUGUUCGUGGCCAUCGGAGAGUUUAUUUACAAGGCCCGCAGGAACGCAGACAUAGAGGAGUGUGUAUCUUUUACUGCCCUCAUGGAGGAGUUAGGAAUUUCCCUUCAGUGUUACCGGGGAAUCCGGACAAGAUCCCAACUCCGCGGUGGAGCUACUGCGACCUGCAUCUUCUGUCAACCCAAACCUACCACCAAAAGUGAAGGACGGAUUCAAGAAGCUAGCACUUAGUGCUGAAAACAAAGAUACAGACACACACACGCACCACACACACACACACACACACCUCUGUGUGUGGCCCAUUCAAUGGUGAAGCUGUUUCCUAAUGUUGUAAUGUUGUAUAGUCCGUUGGCCUUGUGUCAACAUUUAUUUGUUCAGCAGAAGUGGUGAAGAGGAGUACGAAGGCCGUGUCGAAGUCAGAUCCACCGCCGUUCC